AUGUCAGGCUUCGGCGACUUCACCAACAUCUGCCAUAUGGCGCCGCUGCCAUUGUGCGCAUCCAUCGGCCCCAUUACGGAGGUGACGAGCGGCGUUGGUAUUGAGCCGGACUGCUAUGCGAGGAAUAUCGAGCUGGCAAACACCAUCAUUUUCGAGGGUGCCGCCAGCGCCAUGCAUAUUGUGUCUUUGCUCAUGACCGUCGUCAUGAUCUUGCACAUUCGCGGCAAGUUCACUGCUGUCGGUCGCAAGGAAAUCCUCAUGUUCUUCUACAUCUACAUGCUUCUGAGUUUCAUCUCACUUUGCGUCGACGCAGGUGUCGUUCCCCCUGGAUCCGCCCCCUACCCGUACUUCGUGUCAGUUCAAAACGGCUUGUCAUCGGCUCUGAUUACUUGCCUGUUGAUCAACGGAUUUGUCGGCUUCCAGUUGUACGAGGACGGCACCUUCCUCUCAGUCUGGCUCUUGCGCGUCUGCUCUCUGGUGGCCUUUGCGAUAUGCUUCCUCGUCUCCCUUGCGACCUUCAAGUCAUGGGCUGGCCUGGGUCCCACCAACACCGUCGGCCUGUUCGUCGUCCUGUACUUGCUCAACGCCAUCGAGCUCUUCGUCUACGUUGCCCUGCAAAUCCUCCUCGUCGUUAGGACUCUCCAGGACCGCUGGCCGCUGGGUGACAUCGCCUUUGGCAUAUUCUUCUUCGUCGUUGGCCAAGUGAUCCUGUACGCCGUGAGCACUCAGAUUUGCACCGCCGUCAGCCACUACCUCGACGGCCUUUUCUUCGCCACUAUCUGCAACCUGCUGGGUGUCAUGAUGGUGUACAAGUACUGGGACUCAAUUACCCGCGAGGAUCUCGAGUUCUCAGUUGGAACUAGGAUGAACAACUGGGAGGUCAAGGAGCUGCUGCCAGAGGAGGAUCGUCGAGCGACUGUUUAUGACAACGACCCCUACAACCACGCUGGUGGAUACGAUCACUCCUACUCGCCCUCUCCAGCACCGGCACGCUACUCCGCAAGGUACUAA